AUGACAAACAACUUGGCAAGUAGAAACACGGAAACUCGUUCAUCUAUACUUCGAAGAUAUGCGCUUUUUGCAUCCAUCGCCAUUGCAUUAUUCAUAACGGGAAAGAAGCAUAUUGCUUACAAGAAGGAGCAACGUCACAAAAUGGAAAACGAUUCAGAUGUUAAUAAUUCAGAUAAUGAGUUCAACAUUAGUGUCAAAAGGCCAGGUUUCCCAGAAAAUAACCCUAAUUUGAACUAUGAUGAUGAAGGAAGGCAGAGUAAAUAUGUCGGUAGCGGGUUUGCUUAUAGUACACGAAGACCAGGUGACCGAUUAAGUUUAUACAAUAUUUUGAAACAAAAAUACUGGCCCGACGAUAAAGAAAAAGAAGCCCAAUAUUACUCACCUGCACCAGAGGAUAAAGUGAUAAAGUGA